UCCGCCCCGGUCGCUUCCUGCGGGAGGAGGAAGCGGCUCCGCUUCGCCAUGGAGCUGCCGCCGAGCCACCACUCCGCCACCCGGGCGGCGGCGCUGGCCGCCAGCUACCUCAGCUACCAGCGGGGGAGCCCCGGGCGCGGCCUGGCGCUGCGGGCCGUUCGCAGCGGCCGCAGGCAGGACAUCGAUGGUGUUGGGCAUAAGUACCAUCUGGAAUUGGUGUUAGAAGAUGUCCUUGACAAAGACAGUACUGUUAACUGCACUGCUGAGGUUCUUUAUCAUCUGGGCAACAAAAACAUUGCUCCAGAUGUGCAAUUCACAAUUGAAGGAGAACUUAAGAACACAGACGAAGCAGAUAACAUAUUCUACAAUCGAAUCAAGAGCCUGGAAAAAGAGCUUGUGGCAGAAAACGUACCAGACAACCAUGGCAACAUAUCCCCAGAAAUGGAGCCCAUCCGACUGCUAGCAUGGGUUGCCUCUGGCUAUGUGAUGUGGCAGAACUCAACUGAGAACACUAAGUUCCAACUUGCCCAAAUUAAACAUGUGAAGCAAGUGAAAAGAAGUGAUGAGUAUCUUGAAUUUAACUACAUGAUUCUACUUCAUGAAAUGGUAUCCCAGGUAAAGUCUUCAUUUCUAAAAAGCCCUUUUUUUUUUUUUGAUUGUCAGCAGACAGUAAUUCUCAGCUAUUUCUGGGCCUUCUUGGGAAUGGCAGAAGUUCAAUAUAUUGGUCAUUCACAGCUUUCUCCUCCUGGGAGGUACUAUUGCCAAACUGGCCAGAGAUAAAGGGAAGCAGCAGCUGCCAGCAUCCAUGACUGCUUAGCUGUAUUCCAGCUGGAGUUGCAGAGCGCUUCUAUGCUAGAGGACCAGUAUACAGAGGCAUAAUCUAACCCAGCAGUUCAUGGAAGAAAGCAGCAGAAACUUUGGUUCCCAAAACAGUAUUUACAUUGUAUGCUAUUCUCCAUCAUAAUUUUGAGAUCUGAGCAAGUGUUUUCAUAAGAAAAAUACAGAAAAUUUGAAAAAGAAGUUCUCAAUUGUGCGACCUCCUGUAAUAAAUCAUCCACUGAUAAUAAUUGGAGAUCUCACUCCCACUUACAGCUCCACUGCUUCCUGCCCCACUACAGUCUCAGUUGAGGCAUCUAUAGCGCUUUUAGUACCUAAAUUUUCUGUGAAGAAAAAUUCCAGAGAAGCAGUAGCUAACUAAUUGCAGAACAAAAGCACAGGUUCUUCACUGUGCUCUGUUCAGUGAAGGGCACGUGUCCCAAAAUAGCAAUAGCACUAACAGUAAGAGGGGAAAUCCAACAUAGACAUGCUCGAGCUGCAAAACUUGCCAAGAUGAAAGAAAAAUGUAGUUGCAGCAGCAUGGAGCACAACACAGGCUGAAAAAAACUUGGAGACCUUCAGAUAUUUGGACAGGUCACAGGACUGUGUGUUACUGUCCUUACCCUGCACUGUUGCUGGUGCUUGAUCAACUACUUAUAAUCAGCCCAGGUAAGGCUGUACUGCAGCAGUCAAUUCCUGUGUGGUAUCGCUCAAAGGAAAUACCUUAUCACUUUCUACAGUGUUAUUUUCUACCCACAGGAGAUCAUUCCCUGGCAAAUGACAGUUCUCUGGCACCCACAACAUGGUGUUCAAGUGACACGGGAGAGCCGUCAGCCAAAACAUGCAUUGGAAUAAUGGACCACCUGAUACUGCAAUGGGAGAAGCUCAAAUGCUACAAUAAGCAUUUGAUGGGAGGGCAGAUAAGUUGAUGAUGGUGGAUACACAACCAAGGUACAAAGAAGUUAAGGACUCUGACUUCUUCCUCAGUUAAACUUUUCCUGUACAUUGGCUUUGAUCUCAUAAUCCAAAGAGAAAAUUCCCUGCUACAUAAUCAAAGUCUGCAUCAAAAUAAAUUUUAAGAAGCUGCA